GGAGCCAGGAGAGCAGGGCGCCACCCCGCCUGCGCUGCGGUGACCUCCGCGGUCCUCCCUGGCGUUCGCCCUCCGGCUGCGCCCGCCCCAGGACGCCGGCGCCGAGUCCCCGCGCGACCACCUCCAGGAAUUGGCACUCCCUUCCUCCUCGUUUGCCCCUCCUCCGCCUCUUCCGUUUCUCAGGGAAAGGCUGUGUAGCCUCCUUCUGGGCUCCGCAUCCCCGCUUAGGUAAUCCUCUUUCCUGCUUACGCCACCUCUCCCCUGUGUCCCAGGGAGCGUCUCCUCCUCCGCGCAUCUGGGUCCCGGCGAGCCGCGCGCGCUCCAUCGCCUCCGGGGAGGGCAGCCGAGAGCCAGAGGGUGGGUGAGGCUUCAGAAAUGUCAGACAUCCUCAGGGAACUGCUCCGCGUCUCCGAGAAGGCUGCUAACAUCGCCCGGGCGUGCCGGCAGCAGGAAACCCUCUUCCAGCUGCUUAUCCAGGAGAAGAAAGACGAGGAGAAAAACAAGAAGUUUGCAGCAGAUUUCAAGACCCUGGCGGAUGUGCUGGUGCAGGAAGUUAUAAAACAGACCAUGGAGAAUAAGUUUCCAGGCUUGGGGAAAAGAGUUUUUGGAGAAGAAUCCAAUGAGUUUACAAAUGAUUUGGGAGAAAAGAUCACUGUGGAAGUGCAGUCCACGGAGGAAGAAACAGCAGAGCUUCUCAGCAGAGUCCUUAAUGGCAACAUGCUGGCAUCCGAAGCCUUGGCUAAGGUGGUGCACCAGGAUGUGGACUUAACUGACGCCACUCUGGAGGCCCUGGAGAUCAGCAUCCCACUGGACAUUCUGGGAAUUUGGGUGGAUCCCAUCGAUUCAACCUAUCAGUAUAUUAAAGGUUCUGCCAACGUGAAAUCCAACCAAGGAGUUUUCCCCAAUGGGCUUCAGUGUGUGACCAUUUUAAUUGGCGUCUAUGACAUACAGACAGGCAUGCCCCUGAUGGGAGUCAUCAACCAGCCUUUUGUGACUCAAAACCUAACUACUCUGAGGUGGACAGGACAGUGCUACUGGGGCCUUUCUUACAUGGGGACCAACAUGCAUUCCCUGCAGUCCUCCAUCUCCAAAGGGGACGAUAGUAAAAUGCACACUGAAAACUCGGACCUGGAGUUCUCCCAACCCUUUUCUGCAGUCAUCAGUACAAGCGAAAAAGAGCCCAUCAAAGCCGCGCUGUGGCAAGUAUGUGGAGGUAGCGUCUUCUCUGCGGCUGGGGCUGGCUACAAGAGCCUCUGUGUAGUCCAAGGCCUGGUUGACAUUUACAUCUUCUCAGAGGACACCACGUACAAGUGGGACUCCUGUGCUGCUCAUGCCAUUCUGAGGGCCAUGGGUGGGGGCAUUGUAGACAUGAAAGAGUGCUUGGAAAGAAGCCCUGAAAAGGGGUUGGACUUGCCACAGUUGCUGUAUCACAUGGAGAACAAAGGUGCUUCUGGUGUGGACCUCUGGGCCAACAAGGGAGGACUGAUUGCAUACAGGUCCAGGCAUCGGCUGGAUACCUUCCUGAGCCGCCUCAUCCAAAACCUCAGGCCUUCGAAGACACCUUUGUAGACUGACUACAACUCACCCUUAAGCCAAACUGAACCUCUUCCUGUUAUCUGUCUUUGAAAGAUAGUUUUGUCUUGUUGGUUAACGUUCACCUUCCACUUCUAAGGAACAUCUUUUCACUAUGUGUUCAUAAUGUUAAUUUCAGUAGAUUGAUGACGUUCAUGUCACAACUAAGUUGGUAUGAUAUUCUUAUAGUGAACAUUGUCCUUUGUUCUGUUAAUGUUGCUUAUGGAACCCUUCAAUAAAAUACCCAAGGAAGAGCAAAAAUA